GCAUACUUUUCAGCCAGAAUAACAAAAAAGUUGCAAACGCCAACUGUUUAAAAAAACAUUAAUUUAUUAAAAAGAAACUCAUCAAAUUCAACAGAAAUGGCCGCCAAAGUAGCUAGCAGUACAAGCAAAGUGUUCCAGAAUCACGAUGAUGUUCACAUUUCUUUCGAGGAUCAACAGCGUAUCAACCGUUUUGCCAAGCACAAUGUCCGAAUGGAUGACUUGAAAUUGGAGCUGGAGAUGAAAAAGAAUGAUCUCAAAUGCGUUGAGGAGGCAUUGGAAGAAAUCGAACUGUUCGACGAGGAGGAAGAUAUUCCCUUUCUAAUUGGCGAAGUAUUUCUCUCACACAAGCUGGGCAAAACGCAGGAACUGCUCGCCGAGACGAAGGACAGCGUGAUUAAGGAAAUUGCUAGCAUUGAGGCCAAGACAAAGAUCAUCAAGGCCGAGAUGGACGAGCUGAAAGCACAUCUGUACCAGCGUUUCGGCAGCAACAUCUCCCUGGAAAACGAUGACUAAGUCGACGGCUUGUUCAGAAGAAAGAAAGUGAAUGGUUUUCACUUAAAUAGAGUACAUUUAAUUUAAAACCCGA